UCUUCUGAUCGAGAUGAUGCAAUAUAAUAGCAACAAGAUAUAUAUGCAUGUCACAAGGGAGACUAAGCUAUCCUAGUUGGACCUCAGCUCACCCAUCAGCAUCGUCGUCUAUGAUGGAUCAUCAGCUGCAGUCGUCGUCAGCUGGCGGCGACACCGAGGAGGAGGACGAGGAGGAGGAUGCUGCCGCCGCCGCCGAUAUGCCUCCCGGCGGCGGCCGCGACGGGAGCUCCGCCAGCAAUAGCAGCACGGUGGAUGAAGCCGGCGGCGGGGACAGCAGCGGCAGGAAUAACCCUUCGUCGUCGUCGGUGCGCCCUUACGUCCGGUCCAAGAACCCUCGCCUCCGCUGGACGCCGGAGCUCCACCUCUGCUUCCUCCGCGCCGUCGACAGGCUCGGCGGCCAAGAUCGUGCGACUCCCAAGCUGGUUCUUCAACUGAUGAACGUUAAAGGGCUUAGCAUAGGCCAUGUCAAGAGCCACCUCCAAAUGUAUAGGAGCAAGAAGAUUGACGACUCGGGACAGGUGAUAGGUGGUGGUGGUUCAUGGAGAGAUGAUGAUCAUGAGUUGCAAGAGGGGGGACGACAAGCGUACAACCUCGGCCAUCUUUCCUUGCAUCACGCCCAGACUGGUGCUGCUACUACCCUAUUGUCAGCAAGGUUUGGUGCAUGGCCUCAUUAUUGGAACUGGCUUCAUGGUCAUCACCACCAUCUUCUUGGAUCCAAACCCUACUACUCAUCAGCAGCUGAUCAAGCCGAUGUGUUCCUUACAACUACUCGUGCUCAUCAUCAGUAUGUUUCCAGAGCUUCGAUUCUUCAAGCUGGGCGUUCAUCGUAUCAUCAAAACGAUCAAUUCAUAAGACCACUACUACAACAACGCGACGAUGAGGAUAAUCACAGCAACCACCAUGAUCCUCUUGAUCUUGAACUUGCAUUGGACAUCGGGCCGCGGCGGCAGGAUAAUAAGAGAAUAAAGAGAUCAUCAUCAGGUUGUAGCUUGGGCAGAGAAGAAGACGACGACAAGGAAAAUGCCAGCAGGGAUGAUGAUCAACAAGUACUGGAGAGUGCUACUGAUGAUACUGCUGGGUUAUCUCUUUCUUUGUUCUCAUCGUAUCCUCCUUUUGCGAGGACAAGUGUCAGUAUGGAUAAAGGGGAAGAAGCGCAUCCAACAAGGACAAGUACUCUUGAUCUCACCAUAUGAAUGUGAUCUAGUAGUGCAGUGUGGUGAUAUCUUGUGGUACUUGUCCAUGUGCAUGCGUCUAGAGAAAGACACACAUAUAUGUGUGUAAAAAUUAAACAUAUAUCUGCAUAGGUAGAGCUAUUAAUUAUGUAUACAUGCAUGUAUUGAUCUUUUGAUUUUUACCCAUGUUUGUAAGUGGCUACGUCUGAAUUCAAUUUCGAUGUUGUCUUUUAACCAUAUACCUGCAAAAAAGUACUUCGGUA